GUACGUUACAUCAAAAACAAAAUUUCUGGUUUGAGUGUAGUCCAGACUAAUUAAGAAAAUAGCGCUAAUAUGGUUGCCGAGGAAGAUAGUUUUGUGCUAUAUGGUCCAAAGACUGAUAUUCCUAUACCAGAUGGAUUAUUGGGGAAUUUUAUGUACAACUCAUUACUAAAUACGAGUGUUAAACAUUUUUGUAUGGUAGACGUAUUUUCUGGAGAAAAGCGCACAUACAGAAGCCUACUGGAAGAUUCCUGCACAUUAGCACAAGCCCUGCGUAAUUUUGGACUACAACCCAACACAAUUGUUUCAAUAAGUAGUGAGAACAACGUGAGGUUCUUUGAGGCAGUUUUAGCUUCUUUGUACGUAGGAGCUACAGUAGCUCCCAUUAAUCAUGUAUAUACAGAAGAUGAGUUAAGACAUGUACUCACACUGUAUCGACCAGAGAUUAUAUUUUGCUCUAAAACAACUAUUAAAAAGUUCUGGAACCUUCAGAAGGAAUUCAGUUUUAUUAAAAAACUGAUAAUAAUUUAUGGUGAUGAAGCUUUUGGUGUAGAAAAUAUACAAUCAUUUAAAAAACGAUUUUUGGGAUCUGAUAUUAUUCGUCCAGAACUCUUUAAGCCUUAUAAUGAAGAAGAUCCAGUUGAUCAUCUUGCUUUUAUAUUAAGUUCUUCUGGAACCACCGGUCUCCCUAAGGGAGUAAUGCUCACAGACCGAAACUUUUUGGUUAGGAUUGCUCAAUCAAGACAUGAAGACUUUAGCAUAGGUCCACUUCAUGGUCACACCACUUUAGCACUAAUGCCCUUUUUCCACGGAUUUGGUCUAAAUGUUAUGAUAAACGGUCUUGCUAACAAAGAAGAACUUGCAAUCAUGAAACAUUUUGAUGAAGAUAUUUUUUUAAAGACAGUGCAAGAUUAUAAAAUAAGCACUCUAUUGAUAGCGCCACCUUUGGCAGUCUUUCUAGCUAAAAGUCCAAAAGUAGAUAAGUACGAUCUGAGAAGUGUUAAGGAAAUAUUAAGUGGAGCUGCUCCACUCUCUAAGGAAACAGAAAGUGCAUUACAUAACAGACUACGAAACUUAAAUUCGGUACGGCAAGCUUACGGCCUAACCGAAUCGACUUUAGCCGUGACUUCUGGAAGAAGAUUUGACAAAGUAAAACGUGGUUGCAGUGGAUCUGUAAUUACGUAUAUGGCUAUAGCAAUUAAGGAUCCUGAAUCCGGUAAAUCUUUAGGACCUCAUCAAGUUGGCGAAGUUUGUAUAAAGGGUCCAUUGGUAAUGAAAGGAUAUUUCAGAAAUCCCGAAGCCACUAGACAGACAGUCACUUCUGAUGGGUGGUUGAAAUCUGGUGAUUUGGGAUAUUAUGAUGAGGAGAAAUAUUUGUUUAUUGUAGACAGAUUGAAAGAGCUGAUAAAAUAUAAAGGAUUUCAGGUAGCUCCAGCGGAACUAGAAGCUGUGAUAUUAAAUCAUCCGAAAGUUUUAGACGUAGGAGUAGUGGGAGCUCCAGACGAACUCGCAGGCGAACUCCCGCUCGCAUUUGUUGUUAAAAGACCUGGCGUAGAUCUAACAGAGAAAGAACUACAAACAUUUGUUUCUAAAAAAGUUUCGCCACAGAAAAGACUACGAGGAGGAAUAAUUUUCAUAGAUGCUAUACCCAAGAAUCCAAGUGGUAAAAUUUUAAGAAGAGAAUUAAGAAAAUUGGUACCCAAACACACAGUGCAGCGUGAAUCCAAAUUGUAAUAAUUGUUUUAUAACGAACUUUUGUACUUUUAAUGAGAUUGUUUUUUAGAAAAUUGUAAAAAACUUGUUUUGUUGUUUUAUUAAAAAUCUGAACUGAUUUCAAAUCCCAAUUAG